UGCACGAAGCAGCGGUGAGUUGGAUCUGGCCUGUUGGACCGAUCCGCACGCGGCGUUUUCUUCCCUACGGAUGCUCUGUCCGCCGUCAGUGUCGCGUAACGGUUUCUAGGGGAGAACACAGGACCUGCGUUCAAGCCGAUCUGAUCAACGGGCAACGGACGUAAUUUUGCUGAAGUGUAGUAAAAGUGUAUUUUAGACACACAUCUUUGCGCUGUCCUAGUGAAGUGAAGUGAUCGUCCGUAUGUGAAAUGUGAUUAAAUUGAGGUUUGAUCAACCAGAUCUGGUUCAAGAUAAGAUAUACAAGUAGUGAUCAUGGUGUGAUAGUGGGAUGCAUACGAAAGUGAUGGUUGUAUGCUCGUGCUCCACAGUGUCUCUGUUGAAAGUAACGCACAGUGUAGCAAAUCAGAGUCCGGUUUAUUGACACGGGGCAUCGGAACAGCUUGCUUACAUAAGCUGUGAUUUGAAGGGUGUUGUUCCCGGGGCCUAUUUCUUUCUUUCCAACGUGGGAUACAACCCAGCUGAAAGCUUCUACGCAAAAGACAACCUCUACUGUAAGACUAGCGACAAAGACAACCGCAAGCAGCAUGUAUAAAGUCGAUGAAAACUAUCCUAUCACAGACCUCGCACCGUCCUUCCCGUUCCGGGAGGUGCAGCUCAAGCUGGACGUCGACCCGAAGCAGCAGUUCGAGAUACUGCCCGAGCUCGGGCGCGGCACCUUCGGCACGGUGUUUCACUGCCGCGAGAAGGCGACCGGGCUAGAGCUGGCGGCCAAGAUUAUCCCCUACAAGAAGAAGAAGGACCGGGGCGACAUGGUGCGCGAGAUCGACAUCAUGAGCUGCCUGCACCAUCCCCGGCUGAUCCAGCUGUACGAUGCGUUCGACUACGAGAACAAGUUCUACGUCAUCCUCGAGCUCAUUCAAGGUGGCGAGCUGUUCGAGCGCGUCAUUGACGACGAUUUCGUGCUGACGGAGAAAGCGUGCGCCGUCUUCAUGCGGCAGAUCUGCGAGGGCAUGGAGUACAUUCACAGUCGGAGCAUCAUCCACCUAGAUAUGAAGCCGGAAAACAUUCUCUGCCUCACAAAGACGGGCAAUCGGAUCAAGAUCAUCGACUUCGGGUUCGCGCGCCGGUACGAUCCGGGCAAGAAGCUGCAGGUGAUGUUCGGCACGGCCGAGUUUGCCGCCCCGGAGGUGCUCAACUUUGACGAGAUCUACUUCUACACCGACAUGUGGAGCCUGGGCGUGAUCUGCUACGUACUCCUCUCCGGACUGUCACCGUUCGUGGGCGGCGACGACCAGGCCACGAUGACGAACGUCCUGCAGGGCGCGUACACGUUCGACUACAAAUCGUUCGACGCGGUGUCGGACAGCGCGAAGGACUUCGUGCGCAAGCUGCUGGUGCGGGACGGCGAGCGGCGGCUGACCGCGCGGAAGGCGCUGCGGCAUCCGUGGCUGGCGGAAACGACCGCCCAGAGCACCACCGAGCUAUCUGUGACAAAAACAAAGUUGAAACGCUAUGUUAUCAAGAAGCGCUGGAUCAAGGCGGUCAAUACGAUCAUCGCGCUGCGGCGGAUGGGCGCCCGGAUCGAUUACGAUCUGGUGUAGUAGGGGUUUGCACACGUAGGCCGGGCGCACGUGAACGGAUCGGAAGCGUAUGCAGACAAACACAAGCGCGCACAAACACCCGAGAGAUUGACCCGAGGGCAGGGACCACAACAAGCGGCGCCGGAGAAUGGAGCCGCCUGGUGGGAGAGCGAGCGUGCGGUGAACCGACCAGGAAUGCAACGGCAUGAAAAUCACACACACACACACACACACACACACACACACACACACACACACACACACACACACACACACA